CCGACAUCCAAAUACAGAAGAGAAUUUAAAGGCAACACAUCGACUUCCACGCACUAUCACCCUCACUCUCGUUAAAUCCCCACGAAACGUCUCACUCUCCUGCACACCAGUCACCAUGAGCUUCGAUUCAAGCAACACUACUUCAACCGCCUCAUCUAUUAUAUUCACCUCGAAAGAUGAUUCCAUGACCAUCGGAAAUCUCUCCCUCCAGGAUGGCUCCUCAGAUACAGUUCCUUGGCCCGAUAGAACAUAUAUGAUUCGGGAGAAGGACUCUGGACAAGUAAUCGGUAUAUCGGACGGCAAACCUUAUAUGCAUGAAUUCUGCAAGGGUCUGGACCCUGAGCCCUACCAAUGGUUCUGUGUCGAAUCCAAUGGCUCUUUCGGAUUCUUCAAUAGGCGCAACAACAAGUAUUUGAGCUCCAGAAAUGGGAGCGCGCUGUGCACAGUAUCUGAUUUCGGGGCCAACGAAUAUUUCUUCCCAAGGAGACAUCCAAAUGGAGGAUAUCAGCUGUUGGUAGCGGUCAUAGCGGCCAAUUCUAUUAGGCUGAACCAAGUUGCGAUUCUCAGUCAGGAUAAUAUUAUUACGAGGCAGCACGCUGGCACCAUUUGGGAAUUUGUUCAGGUAUCCUGAUCUGGGACGGAAUGUAUGUUGAUUUACAGUCAAAUUAUGGCUUUCGUAGUUGCAGAACUAAAUAAUCAUCAUUACAUUAUCUGGGGCUGUCUUAACCAAUCCUUUACACAUCCUUCAUGGAUUAAGGAGUCGAACUUGACGUCGCGACCUGUAUUUAAAUUCUAUGGCAUCUCCAUAUUGCAAUAGGAGUCUAAAACUG